AUGAGAUCGCUGCAUUCGAUUUUGUUUUCCCUCCUUACCCUUCUUAGCUUCUACGGUGGUUGUAUCGUGGCCACGGCGGCUACGGGAUCGGUGCAGAAAGGAGAGGAGGAGUGGCGUGCGGUUCUUUCUCCAGAGCAGUUUCGUGUUCUCCGGCAGAAAGGCACUGAAUAUCCAGGGACAGGAGAAUAUGUAGACUUUGACAAAGAAGGAAUAUACGUUUGUGGAGGAUGCAAAGCUCCUCUGUAUAAAUCAACCACAAAGUUCAACGCCGGUUGUGGCUGGCCAGCUUUCUUUGAUGGAAUCCCCGGUGACAUAACUCGAACCGUAGAUCCAGACGGGAGAAGAAUAGAGAUCAGCUGUGCAACAUGUGGUGGACAUCUUGGUCAUGUUUUCAAAGCUUCCAACGCCUUUAGAUUCCGUGGUGGUCAAGUCAUGGCGGAUCCUGGAUUGUUGGUACAAAAAACAGAGGAGGAAUGGCGUGUGAUUCUUUCUCCUGAGCAGUUUAGGAUUCUCCGUCAAAAAGGCACCGAGUAA